ACUAAGAAGCAGAAUAAUGAGCCCUAAGCUACAUGAAUUUGCAGUAGUACUCAAACGUGAUGGUCAAAAUACACCCUGGGGUAUACGUCUAGUCGGUGGCAAUGAUCUGGAUACGCCAUUGAUAAUAACACGGGUUCAGGUUGGCAGCCCCGCUUUCGGUGAAGUGCUACGUGGCGAUAUAAUUGCUAAAAUUGGAGAAUAUGACGCCAGAGAUGUUAGCCAUGCCGAUGCUCAGAUGUUAUUCCGUACAGCUGGUAAUGAAAUAAGUUUGGUUGUGCACAGGGACAGUAAAAUUGCUUACACUCAGGGUUUAAGUGCUGAUAAUUCGAGACCAAAUUCCUCAUUACUUUCUACCAGUCCAGAUCCAAAUCAACCCCAUAGAGCCCCCUCACCUUUUCUACCCGGCCCCGGACAAUAUGAACAUGCUUUGUCGGAACCCAUCAAUACGCUGCCACAAACAGUAUUCCCCAAAUUGAAUCCAUCCGGUGGUUAUGUACCACCGUCUAGCACUUUUACACCAAUGCCAACACGGGAUCAUCAACAGGAUGUGGCUGAGGAACAGGCAACCAUUGUGAAUCAACCAUACCGAACAACUCCACUUGUUUUGCCUGGCGCUAAAGUGAAAAAAGAUGCUCCCACCACAGAAUCCUACCUGAGACACUACCCCAAUCCAGCUGUACGUGCUCGUCCCCAUCAAGACUUCCAUGACAGUGUAAUGAAACAACGUGUGGCCGAUACCAUGUUGCACAAAGUUGUUGGCCAAGAUGCUGAUACCGGCAAAGUUUUCCACAAACAAUUCAAUUCCCCCAUUGGUUUGUACUCGGAGAACAACAUUGAAAACACCAUCCGCCAGACAGUUCCUGUCAAUACACUAAGGAAGAGUGCUUUAUAUCGUCCUUUGCCAUCAAAACUAGACGGUUACAAGCCAACAGUACUCUAUGACCCAUCAAAGAGUGAAACCUUUAAGGCCGUCCAGGAAGCGGGCUACGAUCAUGCUGACUAUAGCGAAGAAGUAACGGUGCCAGUCCAACCUAAGGUUUUCCAACCCCAUAAAACCGUUCCAGGAAAGAAACUCUUACAAUCAGCGCCCGUUUCCCACACGUCGUACCAUGUGGUAAAUUCACACGAUGAGACCAUUCGUCAAAGUGGAUCCUUCAAUCGUUUGAUGCACAGUGUUUUGGGACAAUCAACAUAUUAAUUAUUUUU